AGGCCGGUUCCACCCGCGGCUUACUCUGUACCCCGGGAGCGCGCCGGGCCGCGCCGGGCCGCGCAUCGCUCCACGCGUGGGCCGAGAUCCACCCCGCCGUUGCUCCGCCGCCGCUCUCCCUCCUCCCCGCCGGGCGCCCCGCGGGGCCGCGGGCUGUCGGGGCUGCCUGAGGUUUCGGCUUUGCCGGGCACGGAGACAGACGGCCGGAGCUCCGUCACCAUGUCAGUCAGCGUCCACGAGAACCGCAAAUCCCGGACCAGCACCGGCUCCAUGAACAUCCUGCUCUUCCACAAAGCUUCCCACCCAGACUGUGUCUUGUCCCAUCUGAACACCCUGCGGAAGCACUGCAUGUUCACCGAUGUCACCCUUUGGGCGGGAAAUAGGUCAUUCCCCUGUCACCGAGCGGUGCUGGCUGCCUCCAGCAGGUACUUCGAAGCCAUGUUUAGCAACGGCCUGCGCGAGAGCCUGGACGAUGAGGUGAACUUCCAUGACAGCCUCCACCCAGAGGUGCUGGAGCUGCUGCUGGACUUUGCUUACUCCUCUAGGAUCAUCAUCAACGAGGAGAAUGCUGAGUCCCUCCUGGAGGCUGGAGACAUGCUGCAGUUCCACGAUGUCCGAGACGCGGCAGCUGAGUUCCUGGAGAAGAACCUCCACCCUUCCAACUGCCUGGGCAUGAUGCUGCUCUCAGAUGCCCAUCAGUGCCGGCGGCUCUACGAGCUCUCCUGGAGGAUGUGCCUGGUCAACUUCGAGACUGUUCACAAGAGCGAGGACUUCCACAACCUUUCCAAGGACACUCUGCUGGACCUCAUCUCCAGCGAUGAGCUGGAAAUCGAGGACGAAGAAAAGGUCUUCAAGGCUGUUAUCCAGUGGGUGAAAUACGAUCUGGAUGUGCGGAAGGCUUAUCUCCCAGAACUUCUGAGGAAUGUUCGUCUGGCCUUGCUUCCUUCUGAAUGCCUCAAGGAAGCCUUGGCUUGUGAGGACUUGAUUAUGGUGGAUGAAAGGAACAAGCUCGUCUUGGAUGAAGCUAUUCAGUGCAAGAAGAAGAUCCUCCAGAACGACGGGGUGGUCACCAGUCCCUGUGCCAGGCCUCGCAAAGCCGGGCACACCUUGCUGAUCCUGGGAGGACAGACCUUCAUGUGCGAUAAGAUCUACCAAGUGGAUCACAAAGCAAAGGAAAUUAUCCCCAAAGCAGACCUGCCAAGCCCACGGAAGGAGUUCAGCGCCUGCGCCAUCGGCUGCAAAGUUUACAUCACCGGAGGCAGGGGCUCUGAGAACGGGGUCUCCAAGGACGUGUGGGUGUACGACACCGUUCACGAGGAGUGGUCCAAAGCUGCCCCCAUGCUAAUAGCCCGCUUCGGGCACGGCUCAGCCGAGCUGGAAAACUGCCUCUACGUGGUCGGAGGGCACACCGCGGUCGCCGGCGUCUUCCCUGCCUCUCCUUCCGUUUCCCUGAAGCAAGUAGAGAAGUACGACCCCGUCUCCAACAAGUGGACCAUGGUGGCUCCUUUGAGAGACGGAGUGAGCAACGCGGCGGUGGUGAGCGCCAGGCUGAAGCUCUUCGUCUUCGGCGGCACCAGCAUUCACCGGGACAUGGUGUCCAAAGUGCAGUGCUACGACCCGGCCGAGAACCGCUGGACCAUCAAGGCCGAGUGCCCGCAGCCCUGGCGCUACACGGCGGCCGCCGUGCUGGGCAGCCAGAUUUUCAUCAUGGGAGGGGACACGGAGUUCACGGCGGCCUCCGCCUACCGCUUCGACUGCGAGACCGACCAGUGGACGCGCAUCGGAGACAUGACGGCCAAGCGCAUGUCCUGCCACGCCCUGGCCUCGGGCAACAAACUCUACGUGGUGGGAGGGUACUUUGGCACCCAGCGGUGCAAGACGCUGGACUGCUACGACCCCACCUCGGACACCUGGAACUGUAUCACGACUGUGCCUUACUCGCUCAUCCCCACGGCCUUUGUCAGCACCUGGAAGCACUUGCCGUCCUGAGGCGGGGCAGGGCUCGGGGGCUUGUAGCCAGCAGGUCAGUAAGAUGCCAGCAUCACGUCCAUGUCCCCUGUCCUUGCAGCUGGAGCUGACACAGUGACCGAGUCCUCUCCUGACUCCGAGGAGCCUUUUGCAUCCCUUCCUGGCAUCGGGAGCAGGAGGCACAGCCGUCCCCACCACCAGCAUCACCUCAAAGGGGCCGCCCAGCCCCGGCACCGGCCGCGGCGUGGGGGUGGCGAGGAGCCAGGAGCUGGGGACUGGGGGCAUGGGGAGAUGGCAGGUGUGCACGAGGCUGCAUCCCUUGGCAAGCACAGCAUGGGGUGCCCCUAGGUGCCUCUUGUUACUCGGCUGGGGGACUGAGAGAGAUGAGUUUGUAUUUCUAAAGGCAGUGGACUUACCCUUGGCAACUGCUGCUUGGGGGACUUGGAAGUGUGUUUUUGGAAGGGAGCAGGGACUGGGAGCACCUGGCUCUCCCCGUCCUCCGGCUUCGCCGCAG